AUGGCGGAUGGCACGUCAUCUCCCAGCUUGAAAACUCUUCGCAGAGUCCUGGAGCAAGAUCAGCAGGCGUCAACAACACCAGGAUUCAAAGUGGCUACAAGCCUAAUGACAUCAAAACCACCUACUGCAUUUGAGGAGGAGGAAAGCAGCCCCAGGUAUAAGGCACUCACUACCAAGGCGGAGACGCCCAGGCCACCGGAAAAUCAACCUACCAGCGGGCCUACCUCAAAGUCACCAUCGCCUAGACCCACUCAGAGAGGCUAA